GGCGUGUUUAGCCAAAUCAACCUGAUCCCGGUUGGCUCUGCUCUGUUUCUCUCGCUCCUUUCGACUCUCUGCCUUUUUCCUGGCACCGGUCUUUUUCUUGGGCAUUUUGGCUCCAGCAGACUGGCACCCCGAUAAGGCAAAACUAACCUGGACACACACACGCGCGCGCGCGCAACGCUACUGGUAGUCACAACUACUGGUAGUCACAACUAACCUAACUAAUCUAAUUAAUGCUGCAAAGUACUCGACUAACAGCAACAAUUGUUAUCGUCAAACAAAUUGAAGUUUAAGAUGCGAGUCAUGAACGGAAGGAUGCAGAGCAAGGCCACAUUUACCACGCCCAGGUCACGUGGUAGGCGAGCCUCCAUCCAAUCAGGGAGCACCUGGCGACUGCGGGUACCAACAACAGUCUGGUGCUGAUGAUGUGUAGUAGAGUUCUAGCAAGUGGACAAACACAGCAAGAGGGGUCUUCUCCUGGACCCUCCAUGCAGCUUUAAAGGUCCUGCUCCAUGAUGGUUCCGUCUGUCACUCGACUCUGCCGCAGUGUGGCUUUCUCGACCUGGCUCAUCUCCUCCCUGUGCUCCGUGCACCUGUUGUGUUUGGACUUCACGGUGGCGGAGAAGGAGGAGUGGUACACGGCCUUCGUCAAUAUCACCUACCUGGACCCGGUCACCUCGCAGAUCCGCACCGAGAAGACAGAGUGUGGCCGCUACGGCGAGCACUCGCCCAAGAGGGAAGCCAUGGGGCUGGUUCUGGUCCCCUCCCUGCCGCAGGAGCGACAGAUGUGCGACCCGGCCGCCCGUUUCCCACCCGUGUCGCGAACUGCCGCCGCCUGGGUGGCGCUGGUGGCUGCGGGGAACUGUACAUACCGCGAAAAAAUCCGUAACGCGGCCGGUCUGAACGCCUCUGCUGUGGUCGUGUACAAUGUGGGCUCCAGCGGUACCAACGACACCAUCACCAUGCCCCACUCAGGUGCAGGCGACAUAGUGGCCAUCAUGAUCCCAGAGCACAAAGGUCGGGAGAUUGUGGCCCUGCUGGAGCAGCACGUCACCAUUACGUUGCACAUCACUGUAGGAACGCGCAACCUGCAGAAGUAUGUGAGCAGAACCUCGGUAGUCUUUGUCUCCAUCUCCUUCAUCAUUCUCAUGAUACUCUCCCUCGCCUGGCUUGUCUUCUACUAUAUCCAGAGAUUCCGCUAUGCUAAUGCCCGAGACCGCAACCAGAGGCGUUUGGGAGAUGCUGCCAAAAAAGCCAUCGGCAAGCUUCAAGUCCGCACCAUUAAGAAAGGAGACAAGGAGACCGACUGCGACUUUGACAGCUGUGCCGUGUGCAUUGAGGCCUACAAGCCAAAUGACGUUGUCAGGGUGUUGCCAUGCAGGCAUGUCUUCCAUAAGCACUGUGUGGACCCUUGGCUGCAUGACCACCAGACUUGUCCCAUGUGUAAAAUGAAUAUCAUCAAAGCCUUGGGAAUCUCUCUCAAUGCAGACUGCUCCAAUGAGAUGCCUCCAGACUACGAGAUGUCGGUCGGUGGUCCAUCAGCCAACCCCAUCAGCGGGGCCAGUGAAGUCACCAUCAACGAGACCACCGUAGUGCUGGACCCGCUUGAAAGGGCGACAGGGCCGCCUCAGCUCAGUCCAGAUGUCGAGAUAGCGCCACAAGCUGAGGAAAACUACGUCAUUUCCAGUAGUGAGCACCAGCUGCCUCUCAGCAGUGACUCGGACUCCUCGCUUACCGUGACUGGGCAGGAUCUGUGCGUUGAAAGUGCACGCGAAGAGAUGGGGACAGGCGUGGGACAAAUUAAAGGAACGCAUCUCAUGGAAGAGGAGGACCAGAGCAGAACCACAUGACUGGGUGGCCGCAGGUUUUGCUACAUGGGGUUUAAGUAAUAUGACGCAUCAGUAGCAACAUCAUCUGUUGGACACGUUGCUUUGUCUCGCUGAACUGUCUUCAUUGAUGACAGAGACACCCCGUCCGUACAUAUUCCGCAUAGAGUGAUGGCUAUGAAGGACAUUGGACUCAAAGGAUACAAGAAGGUGCGAGAGACCCUCACUCUCCAGUCUGAAGCUUUAAUUAAUGAUACUGAAUGAUGUUUCCUUCAAUAUCACUGCCAGGUGUUUUUUUCCUACUAAAUGUACAAUAACCGAUAUUUAGAUUGAGAGCUUGAGCUGCAUGCUGAAUAGUCCUCUCAUACCACAGAUACGGGUGGUCCAUGGGUUAAUGGAUGGGUUCCCUUCCUGCGACGCAUUGUAAGUCGAUUUUUAGUGGAAGUCGGACUUAAAUUAAGACUAAAGUCACUCACACGGCACACAGAACACAUGAAGGACAUAAGAUAUUGUAAUAAACACACUAAAUACAAAACAGAAACAAUACAAAAAUGAUACAGUAAUUUAAAAAAAAAACAGACGACAAAAAAACACUACUCCGCAUAGUUACUACUGCCUCUUUCAUGGGAGCAGAUCCUUAAACAUGCUCUCAAGAAUACGACCUGGCGGUUAUGUGUAGCGUUAGUGUUGUGAGUGACGCUGUGAAUGUGACGCAAGUGCUGACUGUUUGUGUGUGUAUGUGUGUGCAGGCCGAUAAGGACGGCUGCAUGCAGAGAGGACAGUUGAGUUUGCGGAUGUUUUGUCGUGGUUGUGGCCAACAGUAGCCUGUUUUGCUUUUGAAAUAAAAAAAAUUGUUGAUCUUCUCCUUGUUGACUUCCUCCUUGUCCCAACAUCGUAGAUGUUUGAAUAUGAUCUUUAUCCUUAAUGACGGUCAUGACAAUCGAGGGCUGAUUUGGUGGAUGUUUCGCCUCUCUCUGAACUUUUUAUGAUGUUCAUUUUCACUUCCAUCAUGAUGGCUUUACUUUUCUUUGGCUCACUGCCACCAGAAGAGGCGCACAUUGUGUAUUCAUCACUCAUGUUUACGGACCAAAAGUAAGUUUUUAAUUAAUUAAUGGGAGCAUGUUUGUAACCACAAAAUGUGAAAAUGUAACACGGAACGCCAUAAACCAAGGACCACCUGUAUAAUGUUUUUCAGUGCAGUAGAGCGUUACUUCCUGUUCCUGUGUAAACCUGUUGCACUUUAUCCCUCCAGCAACUAUGACAAAACAAAAAUAUCUUUCUUGGCUGUUGUGAUGAUUUGAAUGACCUGUACAUUUUCUCUUGUACAGUAGGUAAGAGGAAAUACUGUACAUUGCACACUGUCCGGCAGAGAUUUAACACCAUUUGCUAUUUUCCUAUUGUUGAACAGUUGUGUGUAUGAUGUAGCAACUGUCAUUGGUAACCUUGAUGCAUGUUUGAAUAAAAUUCCUGUUGUU